AUGAUGACCAUCACUUCCCACGAUUCUCCUCAGUAUCUGCCUUAUUGCUUCCCCUCCAACCGCCCUGUCUCUUCCCAAAGGCCACAGCCUCAGUCUCUGUUUCAGCAAGAAGCCCCAUACCUACAUUACUCCAAUAUCAACAACGUAACAUCCGCCCUUGACUCUUUCAACGCCGAAGACAUGGCCGCCGCAACUGUUAGUCACAGACGCCAUCAUCAAGACGACUCCAGCGUCGCGCAGGCUCUUGAGAUUGCUCGUGAAAGCCCUGAUGGCUCAUCAGACCCUACUAUUAGCAAGAUACUCGAGAAUGCUCUAAAACGAAUCUGGUCCAAGGUGGAAUUGCAACCCGACUCGUAUGUCAUGACUCGAGAUGAGUUCGCUGUCUUCAACUUCUUUCAGGACCGCUUCGUCAACAGCGUCAACACUAAGAAGGCAGUGGACGCUCGAAAGCGAUACUGGGACAACACUCAUGCUUGA